CUGUAAUCUCUGAUUACCUAUGUUUUUUUAAUUUCAGAAUUUGAAGAAAGAAGAUAGACUGAUGUCAACCAUGGAAUCUUAUUCCAGACUCCCAUCCAUAGGGGAGUACUAUGCUGGAAAAAAUGUUUUCUUGACUGGUGCUUCAGGGUUCAUAGGAAAAGUGCUGAUUGAAAAACUGUUACGGAGUUGUCCUAAUGUGAACAAAAUUUACAUGUUAAUGAGACCCAAAAAAUCACAAGAUAUUGAUCAGAGAGUGGAAGAAAUAUGUAAAUGUCCUGUCUAUGACAAACUGAGGAAGGAACAACCAAACUUUCACGAGAAAUUAGUCCCUAUAUACGGUGAUAUAACUUUACCUGAACUAGGAAUAAAACCAGAUGACCUAAAAUUACUCUGUGACAAUGUGAAUAUAGUGUUUCAUAGUGCUGCUACCAUAAGAUUUGAUGAACAUUUGAGGGUUGCAGUUGAAAUGAAUGUAGUGGCAGUAAGAAAGAUGGUUAUCUUAUGUAGACAGUUUAAACAUCUUGAGGUAUUUCUACACAUAUCAACAGCAUAUGCUAACUGUGAUCGUCCCUUCAUAGAAGAAAUGGUAUACAAUCCCCCUGUGGAACCUCAAAAACUGAUAGAUGUGUUAGAAUGGAUGGAUGAUGACAUGAUAAAUCUAGUAACACCAAAACUGAUCGGCAACAAGCCUAACACGUACACAUACACCAAACACUUGGCCGAGCACCUGUUGUUGAAGGAAGGCUCCGAUCUACCUCUGGCUAUAGUCAGACCCUCCAUUGUAGGGGCUUCAUGGAAGGAACCCGUCCCAGGCUGGAUUGACAAUUACAAUGGCCCCAGUGGACUUUAUGUAGCAGCUGGGAAAGGAAUACUGAGGUCGAUGAAAGGAGACUAUCGUGGAGUGGCGGACAUAGUGCCAGUGGACAUCCCCGUCAAUAUGGUCAUCGCGGCCGCCUGGUACACCGCCGUAACCAAACCCAGCUCCUGCCUUAUCUAUCACAGUACCACUGGCUCCGUCAACCCAUUCACCUGGGGAGAAUUAGAGGGAGUUGUGAUGAAUUUCUGGAAGAAAGUGCCUCUUGAUUCUUGCUUUAGAAGGCCUAAGGCAGCUCUCACUAGCUCUGGUUUCCUUCAUGAUUUCUACACAUUUAUUGAACACAUGCUGCCAGCUUACGUUGCAGACCUGGGCUACUGUUUACUUGGAAAAAGGCCUAGGAUGGUCAAGAUCUAUAACAGAUUACACAAAGCCAUUGGAACUCUGACCUACUUUACCAUGCAUUCAUGGGAAUGGUCUUACAAUAACCUUGACAUGUUGACCAGUCACAUGACCCCAGAGGACAAGAAGUGCUUUUACUUUGAUCCACGGGGACUUCACUGGCCCACAUACAUAGAAAAUUAUUGCCUUGGAACAAAGAAAUUUCUUCUGAAUGAAGACUUAUCGGGCUUACCUGCUGCUAAAGCUCACCUGAGAAAAUUGAGAAAUAUCCGCUACUGUUUCAACACUGUGCUACUGAUUGCCCUGUGGAGGAUUCUCAUAGCCCGCUCAGAACUGGCCAGAAAUCUCUGGUACCUCAUCAUUGGGUUAAUGAACAGAUUUGUGAAAUUCUUUCGGUUGACAAGUACCAUACACAAGCAAUGAAAGAAUCCAUACCUCACAUACCUUGGGAAAUUAUAUCACCAAAUACUGACAACAAAUCCAAAACAAGCAUUUCUACAGGACUUUUCCCAGACCUGUCUAUUUCAGCCUAGGAUUCUGUGCUGUGGACAAGCUUUACGGAUGACACAAAUCGAGUUUCAAAGAUUGGGUCUGGUGCUGAUGUCGGAAUGGCCGACAAAGGAAGCAGGAAGAUCCGGAAUCGGAAAUGUGGCUUAUUUAAUUUCCCUUCUAAUUGUUAGUGCUUAUUUAUUGUAUUUUUUAUACCUGAUCCUGUAUUGUCAUUAUUUUUUAUGAUUAUUUUUUGUCAUGAAAUUAAAAGAAUGAGGAUUAAAGGAGGCAUUUAAUUUGA